AUGUCCACUACACAACGAAGUGAGAGUAUGAAUGCCUUUUUUGAUGGUUAUGUGGGACCAAAGACUCCGUUGAAGAAAUUUGUUGGGGAUUAUAACAACGCUUUGAUGAGAAUGGUGGAGAACGAGCGUCUAGCUGAUUUUGGUUCGUACAAUAAAAUGUUUCCACUUAUAACUCUUCAUUCUAUUGAGCGUCAACUUCAAGCUAUUUACACAAAUGAAAAGUUCAAAGAAGUUCAAGAAGAGUUUAGGGGAUUCAUGAUGUGUUUGCCAUCCUUACUAAAAAGCGAAGGUGCGAUUUCUACAUAUGAAGUUAUUGAUCGUGUAAGAGUUAGUGGUGACUUCAUAAAAGAAGUAAAAUAUUGUGUUUACUUUAAUGACACUGAAUGUGAGGUACAAUGCACUUGUAGAUUAUUUGAAUUCAGAGGAAUCAUGUGCAGGCAUGCCCUUAUUGUUCUUACCUUGGUGAAAGAUGUGAAAGAGUUGCCAUCCAAAUAUGUUCUUGACCGAUGGAGGAAGGACUUGAAACGAAAAUAUACUUUUGUUAAAAGUAGUUAUGACAAUUUGAGUGGCAAUCCUAAAGCACAAAAAUAUGCUGAUUUAGGCAAUGAUUUUUCUGAAGUAGCAUUUCUCACGUCAGAUUACAAUGAAACCUAUAUGACAAUGAAGGCUUGUAUACGUAAGUUAAAGGAGGAAUUGCUUUGUAAUGGGUUAAGAAGUGAAAGCUGUUUGAGUAGUGCACCUUCUCUUCACAUUCCGGGUGCAUAUUCGAUUUGUACUGAAGCAACUGAUAGGAGGUAUUAG